AAUCUUUCGUGUCCGGUUUAAUCCAAUGCGGCACUCCCAACAGUUGGAGAAAAUGGCGUUUGCGUUUUCUGUCAUGCCUUUUCGUGUCGCCUCUGCGGCUGCUGCAGUCGCGCAGAGACGACGACUCGAGGUAGGUGAUGCAUUUGAAGAGUUGACGGAAGAAGAGUUCCGGCAGUAUUUUCGUCUGUCCAAACGAACAGUGCGUAGCUUGUGCGACGAGCUUGACCCUAUCAUUGGAUGCCAGCGAGCCAGUGGUCUUUCCACAGAAAGGAAGGUGUUGUGCGCGCUGCGAUUCUUCGCCACGGGAAGCUUUCAAAGGAUCCUUGGUCGCGAGGGGCACAUAUCCAUGGCACAGUCAGCCGUGAGCAACACCAUUCACGAGGUGACGGAGGCCAUCAUUUCCGUGUCUGCCCGGCGAAAGUUGGUGGACUUUCCAUUGACACCGGCUGCCAAGGAUGAGGCAAAGGCGGCGUUUGCGCGACGCGGCGCCAUUCCAGGCGUGCUAGCGUGCGUCGACGGCACGUUGAUCGCCAUCAUGAAGCCAGAGGGACUCAGCCUGGCCGACACGGCGAGCUUCAUGUCGAGAGAGGGUUAUUACGCCCUAAACGUCAUGGUCGUGUGCAACGCGGAACUUCGCAUUCUUGUUGUGGACCCCCGGUUCCCUGGUUCGUGCCACGACUCUUGGGUAUGGCAGCUCAAUCCACUGCGUGCACGCCUAGCCGCACAACUGCAGCCUGGCGAGUAUCUGCUUGGAGACUCAGGAUAUCCCCUCGAGCCAUGGCUGCUUGUUCCAGUACCAGGCAGUCAUGCCGGCACUUCCUCCGAAAGCCACUACAACCGGGAGCACGCAUCCAUGCGCAGUGUUGUGGAGAGAUGUAUCGGGGUGUUGAAAAGCAAGUUCCGCUGCUUGCGGCACUUUCGGACACUGCUAUACAGCCCCGACAGAGCAGCGCGAAUCAUUUAUGCAUGCGUUGCUCUCCAUAACAUUGCCUUGGACGCGGGCGACUGGACAUUGGACGAUUAUGGUGGGGAAGUGCCACCAGCUGAGGAGCCCGGAGACAGCCAGGAGCUGGCACCACACGACGUGUUCCUCAGAGGAAGGCAGCAGCGCAGCGCCGUUGUCAACCUUUUUUGAAGGACACAGGAAUGGUGCGCAGCUGCCUAUGUCUCGUGCCAUGGAGCGCACUUGCUCUAGGAUGCCCUCCUGAGCCGCUGCCGUCCGCUCUGCCGCGACAGCGAGGCGGGUUGUGGAGGCCUCGAUUCUGCGCAGCACCUGGAAUGAAUAAUCGUGGUGGAACUGUUCGCAUGAGUUGCUGAUGACUCACAACCAGCUCGUGGUUGGAAGCUGCUGUUGUCAAGAAUUGCAACGUGCACAAUUCCCUCUUUGUUGAAGAGCCACUGGCCUGAUGGCAUCCUUUGGCAGUGUCAAGCGUCGUGUACAAGCUAUGCCCUCUUCUUUUGGACAGACAAAGACCUGCUGGAACUACUCUUCCGUCGUCUACUCAAAUGCAUCUCUCACCACCAAACAGCCCUUUUCAGGGCUAACCAACCUUUUGCCCGGCGGUUGAUCGUUAGCAAGAUACGAUACCGAGCCCUCAAUACGACACAUAUUUCUUUGUUUACAUCCCAAGUUGGUUUGUUUUUCACAUUCACAAUUCACUUAUGAUAACAGAGCAUAAAGAAUACUUAUGUCCUUCAUGUAAAAUGACACCAAAGGAUCUAUCAACCUGGAGCAUCUCGUCGCCCUGUUCGAGGCUGCGGGCGCACUGCAAAGACAUGGUCGUGAGGGUGUCCACCCGUCGCGGUCGCUGUCCACAUGGUGGCCAUGCAGGAUGCUGCAACACUGAAGGCAUGCAGCAUUUUCUACAGUUGCACUGCAUUUUAUGGUAUGCAUAAAAGUGGCUAUGGCCAUGUUAUGGCUUACUGCGCUAGUUCAAUGAAAUACGAGAGCUCAUUUUCUCUAACAGCUUGAGGAUCAAUAACUUACCAGGUGCAGCGGCCACCCUUUCUGUGACUGAGGCGCUGCGCGGUGGAACCUCUGCCACUGUAGAGUAAACACAUCAAAAGUUUACGAACUGCAAACGCAUUUGGCAAUAAUUAAAACACUCAUUCCUCUGAUGCUUAAGUAUUGCUGUGCUCUGCACGCCCGCAGCCUCGUCUGUUCCUUCCACAAUGACCACUUCCAUCGCUGCAGUGUUGAACGUCAACCUGCUGGGAAGUGUCAUAAGCGUGUCCCUUCACUAUGUGGCUAUUUGUUACAAUGCCUAUGUUACAAGUUUUUGUACUACACAAUUGCGGAAAUAUUCUGCAGUUAUUGAGUGCUUAAUGAUCCCAUCUAUUACGAUCCUUGUGCACUUCCCUGAAGGCAUUUUAUUUCUGUGAUGAUCACUUAAUCCCCCUUUUCCCAAAAGCGCAGCCAGCUGAGAUUCUAGUUGAUUGACCUACCUGCUUUUCCAUUCCCUCCUAUGCCAUUUUCCUGUUCACCAACAGUGUUGCGUUCCGUUAAUGGUACCACUUACAGGUAAUGCCAAACUCGUAAGUCGGCACCAUUCAGGAACCCACGAUAUUACGGCGGCAGUGUGCUUACCUCUUGGUAGGCGAGGGCAGUGACGCCACGCAAGCGGAUCGUCCCCGUCAGCUGCAGUACUUGGUCGCGGAAGCCGGGUAAGCGGCCCCCUCCAGUACUUCUGAAUAUACACACCAAUGUCGAAGGACAAGUCGCCCAGACCAAUCGACGGUCACUCACCUUUGCUCUUGGGCAAUUGCGGUAGCGUCGCGGCGGGCCUUGAACACCUGUUUUCGCCACCACUCCUGCCACUGUUCCACCGUUCUUAUGACAGGCCCUUCCUCGUUCAGCGCGUCAGCCAGCUGCCGCCACGGCCGUCGCCGGUUGCCAACAGUGAAGCCCGGCCCCAGCUUGCUGGAUCUUAAAGCCAGCUGGGGAUGCUGCUCCAUAAAAGCAAGCACCAUCUCCCGCUGGCCGCCGGAAACACGCGGUUCCUUGGUGGGUACACAAGGUGUCACGUUUUGCGCCAUGACUCUCCUAUAAAAUGAAGAACUUUGGCUCUCCGCACACAACUGCUUGACUGAACCAACUGCUUCAAAAGUUGCGCCGUUUGCUUGAAACGGGGUAGUGGCUAGCGCCACCACCAAAUGUUUCACAAAACUGCGACACCACCUAGCACCAUUUUAAGACAUUAACCCCAAUAAUUUGUUUCAGUCAUUACACAUUCCAACUUGAAUCUUUGAAAAGCAACACCAACACAUUUUUCUACUCAGUUAUAAUAGUCAAAUAUUUCUCAAAAUGUUAGAAACGCUUCUCAGUAUAUUAUACGGUCCCCAAGCAGACGUCAAAAGUGUGACGCAAGCUUCCACAUUGCUCAUUGGCUGUUUGCUUCCUCCCGUUCUCGCAAACAUUGCAGACUGCCUAUUUCGUGAUGUAAAGAAUAGAUCCCCUCCGUUCGAUUUUGGAACGCGUACAAGAUCGCGCCAAAAGUGUCCAUAAUAAGCGCUAACCUAUGUCGUCUCCUCAAAAAAGCUCUUGCGUCUGCCAUCACUCGAGCCAUACAUGUCGCCAAUGGCGCCACUGUUGCCGUCAGGGGUAUGUUAACUGCUCGCAUAGGAAUUGCUGGCCGCCAAGUUCCAGUCCUGUUCACCAUGAUGACCAGUUGCCCUCAUGACCUAAUCUUUGCGCUCGACUUUCUGACGACGCAUUCUGCCCUCAUCGACUGUGCCACCGGUAUGCUGUGCUUUGAGUUUCCUGUUCUUUCAGACGUUCGCCCCAAACCGAACAGUCUCUGCACUACAGCGUUUCUUCGCUUACCUCCAAAAGCCCUAACCUUUGUCGAAUCGGCCUGAAUGGCAACUGUACUAUGUCAUAGCACCUAUUCGUGACGUCCUCCUGGUGCACGACAUCUCUGUGCCACACUCCGUCAUAACCCAAUCAGAUGAGUCUCCCCGUUAACAAUUUUGGCUUGACGAAGCAAGUGUUACCUGAAGGCAUACCGGUGGCCAGUGACAGAUGACUACAUCACUGCUUUUGCAGCCGACGCAUCUCAAGAUCCCCUUAAUUACCCGCAGGAUGCCUUGAACCUCGACAACCCAUUACGUCCCAUGGUCGCUACAGACCUCGCACUUGACCAAGCAGCCGCCCUAUGUCACUUUCGCUUUUCUACCGCGACAUAUUUGACACUGACAAUCGACCACUUGGUCAGACGUCCGUUGUUAAGCAUCGGAUAAACACUGGUGAUGCUGUUCCCAUUCACCGCCGAUCAUAUUGCGUGUCCACGGCGUAGCUGCAAGUUAUUUAGCAGGAAGUAAACAAGAUGCUCACGGGAGGCAUUGUUGAGCCCUAGUCGAGUCCUUGGGCGUCACCGGUCGUGUUCGUCAAAAAGAAAGAUGGCACGUGGGAUUUAUGCAUUGAUUACUGCCACCUCAACCGAAUUACUAAAAAGAAUGUUUACCCUUUACCACAAAUCGACGAUGCUCUUGAUUGUCUUCACGGUGCCAAAUACUUUUCGUCCAUCAACGUUUGAUCUUGUUAUUGGCAGAUUUCCGUUGAUGAGCAAGAGCAAGAAAAGACCGCUUUCGUCAUUCCAGAUGGCCUCUACCAAUUCAGGGUUAUGCCGUUUGGUUUAUGCAAUGCCCCCGUCACGUUCGAAUGGAUGAUCGACUCUGCAUCAAGGUUUCAAAUGGUCAACUUGCCUUUGUUACCUCGGCGACAUCCUUGUGUUUUCUCCUACAUUUGAGAUGAACCUUGAGCGCGUCGAAGCUAUCCUUGACAUUUUCCGCAAAGCUGGGCUCCAAUUAAACUCAUCGAAGUGCCACUUUGGGCGCCGACAGAUUACAGUGCUAGGCCAUCUAGUCGAUGCUUCCGGAGUACAACUCGACCUGGGGAAGGUUCAAGCAGCAAUGCUUUUCCUGUACCUCAGUCUGUCAAAGACGUCCAGAGUUUCGUGGGGCUAUGUUCUUAUUUCCAGCGGUUCGUAAAGGAUUUCGUGGCAAUCGCUCGACCACUCACUGAACUUAUGAAGAAAGACGUGCCUUUUACGUGGGGUUCCCCUCAGGCUGCUGCAUUUUCAUGCCUUAUCACGAUUCUCACCAAUCCACUAGUCUUGGCCCACAUUGACCCCGUCCGCACCUACAGAGGUCCGAACCGAUGCCAGUGGUUAGGGGAUCAGCGCCGUUUUAUCGCAACGCCAACACGGACACGACUGUGUUAUAGCCUACGCUAGCCGGCUCCUGACCCCUGCAGAGUGCAACUAUUCGAAUACUGAGCGCGAAUGGCUUGCUUUCAUCUGGGCUGUUUCAAAGUUCCGCCCAUACUUAUAUGGCAAGCCCUUCUCAGUAAUCACAGACCAUCAUGCACUCUGUUGGCUUUCGUCGCUCAAGGAUCCUACUGGCCGGCUCAGUCGUUGGGCCCUCAGACUACAAGAAUAUCCCUACACAGUUACUUACAAGUCGGAACGCCCACAGCAGGACGCAGAUUGCCUCUCUCGCUACCUAGUCAAAGACACGACCUCAAUGUCUGAUACUGACACCAACGCCUGUGUUCUCGCCCUUUUUACACUGCUCCAUGUCGCCGAUGAGCAGCGCCGUGACCCGUCUUUGCGUAUCAUCAUUGACCGCCUGGAAUCGUCACAUGCCGACUGUUACCUUCGCUUAUUCACACUUCAAGAUUGCGUACUCUACCGCCACAACGUUCACCCCGACGGCCCUGCAUUACUCCUUGUGAUCGCUAAGCACCUUCGCUCGGCUGUUCUCCACAAACUUCACGACCUCCCCACUGCCGGUCACCUGGGUGUGUCAUGUACCUACGAUCGGAUCCGCUAACGCUUCUUUUGGCCAGGGCUUGCUCGCUCCGUUCGAAGAUACGUAGUUGCGUGUGAGAAAUGUCAGCGACGCAAGACACCAUCGACACUCCCUGCUGGCUACCUUCAACCACUCGACUUCCCGCGGAACCAUUCUUUCGGGUUGGUGUGGACUUACUUGGCCUUUUCCUCUUUCUACCUCUGGGAACAGGUGGAUCGCUGUGAUUACGCCAUGCGCUGCGCCAUCAUCCGAGCGCCUCCUACAAGCUGCGCCACAGAUUUCGCCGAUUUUCUUCUACGCGUUGUGAUUUUAUAACAUGGAGCUCCGCGAAAACUUCUCACAGACUUUGGCUCGACAUUCCUAUCAAAAGUUAUCCCGGACAUCCUGCAGUCCUGUGCCACGAGGCACAAGCUAUCCACGUCAUACUAUCUACAAACAAAUGGCCUCACGGAGUGUCUCAAUUGCACUCACAGACAUACUCGCGAAGUAUGUCUCUUCAGACCACACUGACUGGGACCUCACUCUACCGUUUGUCACAUUUGCUUAUAAUUCCUUGCGCCAAGACACCGCCGGUUAUUCCUCAUUUUUCCUUCUGUUCCGCCUCGACACAACCCUCCCUGUUCACGCGGAACCGACCAGUAAAUAUGCACUUGAAGCCAUCGCCCACUGUGCCCACGCAAUAGAAAUUGCCUGUGACCACCAUCUGAAAUCACAAAAGAGUCGAAGGCAUUUGUACGACCGGCGACACCGAGACGUGCACUUCCCGCCUGGUUUUUUGGUGCUUCUAUGGUCACGUCAGGUCGGCCUGUCAGAAAAACUGCUGUCUCAUUACACAGGCCCUUACUGAGUGCUUUAUGCCGUGACUCCCGUCACCUAUGAGAUCGCCCCUGACACCCCAUCUGCUUCCCAGUCCAGUGAUAUCGUACAUGUUACACGACUGAAGCAGUAUCACCCUCCCAGUGAUGACAUUUAGACGCUGCGGGAUGUCGCUUCUGCCGCUGGGGGAUUAUGCUACUACAUGCGUGUGGUAUUGGUAUUGGAUUGUUUGAACGAGGCGAGUGGGCGCCAUCACUCGAGAAAAGAGGAGGAAGAACGAACUGGGCUCACGCUGUGAAUCUAACUGGUCAGCACUGCAACCGCUGUUGUAAAUAUAACCUGUAAAUAGUUGCUUGUCUUACUGACUUGUCCUUCGCGUAACAAUAUUUUGGUAAGCAAUAGGAGGAUGCUCACACCGCCACCUUCAAAUACUUUUUUGGCUAGCUGAGAACACUUAUUGAGAAUAAAAUUUGCGGUUCCAUGCAGUCAAGACAAGGCAAAAAUAUCAAGUGGACAUGCGUGUUUGAUCUCUUGUGGAAUCGCCUACAUGUCUUUCUCGUUACACAUUCUGUCUGCGAGACAAUCUGACUUUGGCGUGUAAGCUUGAAAGUUGUGUUUAGCACCUAUUUAUUUAUUUAUUUAUUUAUUUAAAUGCUCUCAAUGCCAUUGUGGCAUUACAGAGAGGAGUGGCGUUACAUGUUUAGAAUGGCAGUCUUGAAUGACACAUGCUCAGGGUUGCUGGCGAUGGAGGCAGGGAGGUGAUCCCAUUCUGAUGUCUUUGGCAUGUAGGAAUGGGAGUACAUGUUGGUCUUACAGAACGGCACUUGAUCUUUCGGGUGUAUGUAUGUGUAUGUCAAUGCAGGAUGAAAAAUAACAAGGUGGCGAGAACGUGUGUUUCAGUUCAGGAUUCGUAAAGAAGAUGUUAUGAAAGACAUAGGUGGGCCUGCUUCCUUUUGAUAAGAGAAGUUAGGAAGGUCUAGAGAAAUCUUUAUUAAAGUAAUACUGGUGGUCCAAGAAUAAUUAGCAACAAUGAACCGAGCUGAACAAUGUUGGAUGGCUUCCAGUGCGUUUACAAGUGUAGAGUAGUGAGGAUUCCAGAUUGAAGAAGCGUACUUGAGUUUUGACCCGACUAAAGUUUUAUAAAAAAAGAAGUUUUAAGGAAACAGGAGCCGAGACAAAGUUACGUUGCAAAAUACGAAGAGUGAGAUUCGCAUUGUUAAUGAUGUAGUUAAUGUCAGUAUCCAUGAUAAAUUGUUAUCUAUGCGGACGCCUAGGUAUUUAUAAGUAUUGACUAGUAACAACUGAAAAUUAGUAAUGGAAUAAACAGGAAUGGUACAGUCAGUAGUUCUUUGGGAAAUCCUCAUUAUUCUGCAUUUGUUAACAUUCGAUUUCAUGGACCCGAGUGAACCCCAAGAAGUAAUGCUGCCAAGAUCAGAUUGAAGUUGAGAAGAAACAUAAGGGUUAGAUAUUACGCAGUGGAGGACACGAUCAUCGGCAAAUAGCCUGAUUGUUGAUGUAAUGCAGGUGGGAAGGUUGUUAAUGUAAAUUAGAAACAAUACAAGUCCGAGGAUGGAGCCUUGUGGUACACCAGAUGUGACAGAACAAUUGCGCGAGUUAUGGCUGUUAGCAGUUGCAUGCCGGGUUUCCUUUGAUAAGAAGCAUGUAAUCUACUGCAAUAAAUUCGAGUCAAUAUUCAGCAGACUUAGUUUUCACAAAAGCAAACGGUGAGUGUGAUUGUCAUCAUGUGAUUGAUGUGAUGAGUGUGAUUGUCAGCCAGCAACAGAGACGCUCAAUUAUAUGGCACGGGUCUUUGUUGUCUUCUCCAAAGUGCCAUGGAAAAGCACAGGAGCGCGUCUGCUUCACUAAAACUGUUACAGAAGGUUCGUAGGCUUUGUUCUGAUGUGCGUUGGCAGCGCACACUUUCGGUGGCUUGUAGCAAUGCAAGUUCAAACCUCAUGCCUAUCUGCUCUGAGGAGCUGACUGGAGGUGCAAAGAGAGAUGGCACACCAACAAGGUCGCAUUUCUGCUAACCUCACUUGAAUCUUUUCUGCUCGCGACCAAUCCACAUUUCCUAGCUUUCAUUGAGAUGUGGCUAAACAAUGAUGUGAAAGAUUUUGAAAUAGCUAUACCAACUACUCUGUCAUACGCAAAGAUAGGCCAACACGUGGUGGUGGGGCGGCUAUACUGAUAAAAAAAAGAAUCCCUUUCACCAUGCUUGCUAAUGUCGAGGGUGUUGAAGCGAUUUUUUGCGGAUUACUUUACCCUUCCACCCCAUCGUUGUUGGAUGUGUCUAUCGUAGCCUAUCAUCAAAUAUCCCUUAACAUGCUUACACAUGCAUGUGCUUCGCCAUCUACAAGGGACAAGCUUAAUAUUACUAGGUGACUUCAAUCUACUUGAUAUAGACUGGUGCACUAUGACUUAACGCUCAAAAUUGCCUGACAUAAUUUUCGAUAUAAUAUUGUCUUUUAACCUCACUCAAAUAAUAGAUCAACGUACUGGCAUACAAGGUUCUAGCUCUACUUUACUAGAUUUAGUAUUUGUAUGUGACCACUUCGAUGUAAAUUUAACAAAAACCCUUCUUGACGGAUUGACAGACCACAAUAUAUCACUCUGCAGUAUCCCAUUCGAUUACAAAACUACUAGUACCCAUAAAACCAUGUCUUCCUAUUUCAAUUUCAACUCUGCUGAUGACACCAGCAUAUUGGAUCACCUAAGUUUUGAAAUUUCUUCCAUCAAGGACCUAGCAGACGACAUAAACACGGACAUUGAAACACUGUGGCAGCAAUUCAAAGUAAUUACAUCUUUUUGCAUCCGUAACUUCGUGCCGAUAAAAACAAGGAAAACAAACAAACAGAACCUGUGGAUUAGUCGGGAUAUAAUUCACACGAAACGAAAAGUAAAGCGCCUCAGAAAAUUGCAUAAGAAACAUCCAAACCAGGCUACCAGUACCACUCUCAACGAAACCAUCAAAAUCUUCAAAUCUAAAAUGAAGAAGGCCAAGGAUACUUACUUUAAGUAAUCCCUUACCAACUUUCUGAGAAAUUUCCCUCAUAAGUUUUGGAGCUACCUAAACCCAAAAAAUAAUUGCACCAGCACACUAACACCAAAAGAAAGUACAGACAGAGCAAACUCAUUAAAACUCCUGUUUUAAAUCAGUUUGCACUACCAGUAACCAAAGCACAGCAGAUAUUUCGACAAUCUGCAGCAGUAUAAUUGAGCCAAUCACAGUAGAUGAGGCAGGAAUACUUACCCUACUACUAAACUUGGAUCCAAAUAAAAGGAACUGGACCUGACAAUAUUUCAAAUAAUUUCUUAACACGAUAUGCAGAAUGGGUAGCUAAAUUCUUGUGUCUCAUGUUCAAUAAAUCUUUAUUAACCUGCUCCCUUUCUACUGGCUGGAAGAAAGCUUAAGAUAAUUCCUGUGUAUAAAUUGGGUAACAAAGCUGAUGCCUGUAACUAUCGACCCAUCCCAUUAGCUAGCAUGGUAUGUAAAAUUCUUGAACAUAUCAUCCCCAAACACAUUACUCUGUACCUUGAACAAAAACAUGUUUAGUCACCUUUUCAACACGGAUUGUGCCGAGGGCUAUCUACAGUCACCCAACUAAUAGAAUUUAUCCAUGACCUACCUUCAAGUAUUGAUCACCAAAAGCAAAUGGAUCUAAUCCUACUUGACUUCUACGAAGCAUUCGAUAGAAUGUCCCAUCCAAAAAUGAUUAUGAAGCUUAAGUUGGCAAUAGGCAAUGGACCAAUUACAAGAUGGGUUAAAAACUAUCUUUCUAACGGGACUCAGUUUGUCGAAGCGAAUCACAAGUAUUCGGGAAUUACCACGGUUACCUCUGGUGUUCCGCAAGGUAGUGUCCUUGCCCCAAUCUUAUUUCUAAUAUUCAUUAAUGAUCUGCCUGGUAUUGCGAGUACUAACAUAAGGCUAUUUGCUGACGAUUGCAUAAUUCAUAAAGAAAUCAACUCACCCGAGGAUCACAAUAUACUGAAUCAUGCGCUAAAAUUAAUAACAGGCUGGUGUUGCAACUGGCAAAUGAGUCUUAAUGUAAGCAAAUCAGCCGUCACGCAUAUUACUAGAAAUCAGAACGUCUCAAUAUACCCUUACACAGUUGGCAGCACUCCAAUGACAACAGUUAAAGAGUAUAAAUAUCUUGGCCUAAUAAUAUCAGACAAUCUCAGGUGGGACUCUCAUGUUAAACCUGUAACAUGUAAAGCUUUAAAAAGACUUUUCUUCCUCCGAAGGCGCCUCCAUCAAAGUACACCAGAAAUUAAACUACUUGCCUAUACCACAUUCGUUAGAUCUAUCCUAGAAUAUGCAAAUUUGUCCAGGUUUCCACAUACUAAUAAAGUAAUAACAAUGCUAGAGAGAGUGCAGAGAAAGGCAAUCAGAUUUAUUUACAAUGAGUACAACCUAACUGCCUCUCCAUCCCAACUAAUUAACAGAGCCGGAUUAUUCACUUUACAAAAUCGUGCCAAACAUGCUUGUGUGAAAGUAAUCUACCAACUACUACACAAUAAAUUAUUUAUAGAUAGCUCCCGCUACUUGACUAAAUCUGAAACUAGGCAAACACGUCAUAACCACCUCCGAUCAUUAGAAGAAUACUGUUUUAGCACCGACUGUUUUAGAUUUUCAUUCUUUCCACUCACAAGCUAGAAAGGGAACCACUUACUUUCACAUAUUAUCCUCAGUCCAUCACUAGAAGCCUUUUUACAAUCUUAUGAGAUUCACCUGCAUGCCUCACAGACAUGACUUGUCCACCUUAUUCCAUUGUGUUGCAAAUACCAAUAAAAAGCUUGUUAUUGUUGUUUAUAGUUUCCUGAAAUAAUUCUCUUCUCUGUAAAAAUUGUAUAAUGCACAAAAAAAUAUGUAACCUAAUGCACUUUGUACCACCCCUUGUAUUUCUGCAUAUUUAUGAUGUACUCUUGAUGACUAAUAUUGCAUGUUCUCCAUGAACAACAACAUUGUAAUACUUUCACCACACCACAAGAAAUUAGUCCGCCUGUGUACUCACUCUUCGAUUUGUAUUUUUUGUAUUGUACAUUUCUUUCCCGCCCUGCAAUAAUCCCCUCUUGGGAUUGGCAAUAUGUUUAAAUAAAUAAAUAAUAAAUAAAAAUGCGAUGUCACAGCCUCUCA